CUUCUGUUACCUCUUUACUUACUUACAUCCAUCUGCUCAUUACUCCAUAAAAUCAUUUUAACAGUAAAAGCUCAAAAAAUAUCUCCUCUCUCUAUUGUUUCUUCUUCGCAAUUUUAGGGUUUCUGGGGAAAAAAAAAUGUCGUGGCUUAAAUCUGAUGUCAAACGGACCGUGCCUUGUGAUUACUGCAAUCAACACUCUCCGGUGCUCUACUGUCGAGCUGAUUCCGCCAAGCUCUGCUUGUUCUGCGACCAACAUGUGCACUCCGCCAACCUGCUCUCGCGCAAACACCUUCGUUCGCAGAUCUGCGAUAACUGCGGCACCGAGCCGGUUUCCGUACGGUGUGCCACCGACAACUUAGUUCUCUGUCAAGAGUGCGACUGGGACGCACAUGGUACCUGCUCUGUCUCGGCUACGCAUCAUCGCACCCAAAUUCAAGGUUUCUCGGGCUGUCCUUCCGCACUUGAGCUCGCGUCUCUCUGGGGGCUCGAUCUCGGAAGCAAGAAACCCCAUGAAUUGCCCCCGUUGAUUGACAACUGGACUGGGUGCCAGGAUUCGGUUAUGCCGAUCGACUGGUGGGGAUACAAAUCUGACGGUGGAGGAGAUGGACUGAGUUUUCAAGAGUUGGUGGUGCCUAAUGAGAGGGGCAUGGUUUGUCAGGGUGUGAAAUCUGGAUUGGUGGAGUAUACAGUGUCGAAGAAACAGAGCCCGAAUUGUGGGAAACAUAAGCAGGUGAUACACAAGCAGCUGAUGGAGCUGCUAAAGAGGGAAUUGAUGGGCCAUGACGGAGGUGGCGGUGCUGAUGAUGGUGGUGGUGGAGGAGGAGGAGAAAGUACGGUGCCAUCCACCCCUAAGAGGAGUAAUUGGGCGACGAACGCGGAGGACAUUGGUGUGGAAAAUGCAGGUGGUGAUGCCGGUGUUGGCGGUCAACAGCAACAAUCAAUGGAGCAUCAGACAACGCCGAUUAUGCCCUUGAUUACAUUACCGACGCAGGUUGGUUUGAGGGAGGAUGAACUUCUUGUCGGCGGGGAUAUGGUGUGGAAUACUAAUGUUAGCGGACAGAACACUCAGAUAUGGGAUUUCCAUUUGGGGCAAUCAAGAGAUCACAAUUCUAACCAAUUAGAAGAUGCAUAUGGAACAACUGAUGCAGGAUUUAUGAUCAAGAACUUCAGUGAACUUUUGACACAAACGUCUUUAACAAGUGCAAAAAUGUUGGGAGAUAUCUACCAGAUGAACUGCUCUAUCACACAUGAAGACAUGGCAUCAUUUAGUAAUAAGACAACUCAGCAAACUACCAGUCAGGGGCCAGCAACAUCUGAGAGCAAUAACCUUCCAGUGGCAAAUGGUUCAGCUAUUGGUAAAAAUAAAACCCCUAGUUGCUCUAAAGAAAUCCACUUUGCAGAAGGAUCUAGUUUUGUGAAAGGUAACGGAACUAGAGUUUCAGCAACCAUGGCUGAUCUAGAGUUGCUUGCACAAAACAGAGGCAACGCAAUGCAACGAUACAAGGAGAAGAAGAAAACACGAAGAUAUGAUAAACACAUCCGAUAUGAGUCGAGGAAGGCGAGGGCUGAGACCAGGAAACGAGUGAAGGGUCGAUUUGUGAAGGCUAGUGAAGCUGCUCCCAAUGAUUAAGGUAGUUUGUCAUUUUCUCGGGGAGAUUGUUUCUUGUGUUGUAAAUAUUUCUUCCGGUGAUUAAUUUAGAUUUUACUAGUAGGCUCUUUCUCUUGCCUUCCCUAAACCUUAUUAUUUUUCGGUGCGGUAGAGAAAGCUUGAAGGAGAGAAGGAUGAUCUAGGCGUGUUUAAAAUAAUUAUAUACGGGUUGUGAAGAAACCAACAUUUAAACGGUUUUACAUCA